GUCGCUCGUCGCACAGAUCCACUGCUUCCCAAGUGUCGCUCUUGUGCGCCAUGUGUCGCCAUGGUGCCUGAGCCGUGCCGGUCUUCCUCGGCGCGUCUGCAUGGGUUCCGGAUGCUCGGUCGAGGUCGUUCGCCAGUUGGACUGCCAGUCCUGCCAUACUUGCGACGAAGAUACGCUAGACAGCAGCUACGUUUGGGCAGGUUGCCUCAGCCGUGAAGAGCCACUACAACAUCUCCCACACCCGUGGGAUGACGAGACACCAACACCACGAGGUCCGGUGCCUCCUUGGGCUGUGGCCAUGUUGGAACCCGAUGGACCCUUGGUGGAUCGAACGGCUACAGGUGCAACACCGCCAAGGGUGCUGGCACCUGCGCGCUGUUCUCCUCCAGGUUUGCCAGAAGAGUUUGAACAGACUAGCCAGGAGGAGCCCUCCUUGCUCACGGCGCUUGGGGUGAGUUACUCCCGGGAGAUUUUCCGUGCGGCGCGUGUGGGGGAUGUGGUCAUUUUAGAGAAGAUGAUCCAAGAUGCUCAUGCCAAGACGGACGAGACGCGCUACCAGGCUGAGGAGGUGACUCGGCUUUUGAGCGUGGCACGCGACAUCAGCGGCGAGACACUGGUGGGCGCCGCGGCCAAACACGGUGAGGCCUCCGCGGUGCAACUGCUUUUGAGCCAUCGAGCAGAUCCCACGGCGGCUGAUAGUCGAGGGCGCAUGGCACUUCAUCGGGCAGCUGAAGGUGGAGAUUUGUUGAGCACCCUGUUGGUUUUGGAUCGCUUGCAAUUGGCCAAUCGCUAUGUGAACGUGACAGACUUCGUGGACAACGCUGGGGAGUCUCCUGGAACCUUAGCAGCCCAAAGCGGCUGCGAAGAAGUUUGUGGAGCUCUGGAAGUCUUCGGAGACUUGCAGCUCAAUGCUGAACAGCAAUACUUUGGUCAGCUCAGUGGAGGAACCUUUGGUGGUCUUCUGGCUUUAGUGGACUUUACGGAGGUGUCUUCCAAAGAGAGGAGCCGUGCAAAGAAAGUCCUCCAAGAGGUCACCACAGGGGGUGCCUUGGUGGAACACAUUUGGCCGCCUGCACUGGAGUGUGAAUCUGCACUUGGCCAGGCACUAGGUGAAGCAUUUGAUGGACUGCAUCGAGCAGAAGAUCUUUUGAUGAACACCUUGUGGAUGCCAACCAGGUACACCGUGGAAGCGCCUUGGAAGGGCUUCGCCAAGACUUUGGACUUACGAGCCCGCUGGCAGAGGCUAAGAUUGGAAGCAAUGCUCCAAUGCGGCGAGAGCGAGCUGGAGGAGUUUUGGCAGACUCACAUCAAUGCAAGAAGAAUGGCACAGCUCACAAAAACGCCAGGGAGCUUGCGACAACUCUAUCUAGGAGUGCUUUGGCUUUACACAAGGGAAUCAUGGCUACCCCACAUCAUUGAUGCCAUUGCCGACGUGUUGCGUCACUUGGAAGAAGAGGACGCAGACCCCUGCUCGGUGCCUUUUCCAUUUCAGGAGCUGAUCAAGUCACUCUCCCCGAUGGCGCAGCUGGUGCAAGCAGCAACCUGCUUCUUUCGCCGAACUGGAGUCAAACACGAGGGAGUGACGUUUCGGCCCUUGGCCCUCCCAGCAUCAGGCUUGCAGCAGCUGAUUGAUAUGUAUUUGGCAAGGAAGGAUGAGUAUGAAAGAGCGGCUGUCAGGGCCAAAGAGAAACAGGAUGGUGAAAGUCCUUUAGCCCUUGAUGCCGGGAUGUGGUUUGUUCUCAGUCAUUUGUCUUUUCCCACCGCGUAUGCCUCCAGAUGGGAUGCAGGUAAGCGUUUGGUGCAGACGAAUUCCAACGUGUUAGUGGCCAUUCAGACGGAUUCGCGCUCCCCAAGCUACCCUGAGCACAUGUCUUUGAAGGGUGGCGGGGAUGAUGUGAUCUAUCCAGCGGGGACCUUGUUUCGACUCGUGCGCCUGGCACGCACCACUAGCUCAGACCUCGAGCCACAAGCAUGUCCCAAAGGCUCGCAGAUGCAGUGGUCAGUCACCGUGAUCGAGUUGGCAGCCACCGAUCCUCGACCUGAUGCUUUCUUGCUCCUGGACAAAUGGUCUGGUUUCAGUCAAGAGGAAGUGGAAGAGUUUCUCCUCGCAUGGGCUGAGGAGGUCUCAGGCCAUGUGCAGCAGAGACACCGGCUGGAGCAGGCCUCAGCAUUACUUCAUGGGAGCAAGCAGUUGCACUGGCUCAGGGCGGCAGCUACGCUGAGAUCCAGGUAUGCUCCGGAAGGAAGCUGAUUGGAGCCCCCUAGGCUUCAUUUCUUCGAUCAGUAGGCUCAGUGCUAAUGACUCGUUGCGGGAUUGCAAGUUGGCUGUGAAACAGCCUUGUCAAUGCCCCAAUGCCUUUUCGUGAAAUCCAGAA